AUGGAAACCCUAACUCGAAAUUGCAAGCACCCAUAUUCCUUCGGCAGUCGACCGUGUAUCGUGUGUGGCAAGAAUCUGGAUGAAACUGGUGUUUCGCUCCGACGUAUACACCAGGCAGGUGGUCUGAAUCGAGACGAAAGAAACCGGAUCCGUAAAUCCGAUAUGAGAAUCAUGGAAAGCCAGAGAAAGCUCUACGUAUUCCUUGAUUUAGACAAUACGUUGCUUAACUCAACUAGAAUCAACAAAGUCACAACAGAUGAAGACUACCUGAAAACCCUAACCCUAGAGGACAGAGAGAGUCUUCUUCUCUUCACGGUGGCAUCAGUCGGAUAUAUGACUAAACUGAGACCCUUCGUAAGAACGUUUCUAAAAGAAGCAAGCGAGAUGUUUGAGAUGUAUAUAUACACAAAUGCCAAGAGACAUUACGCUCGAGCGAUGGCUAAGUUGUUGGAUCCGGAAGGAGUGUACUUUGGAGGGCGGAUUAUUUCUCGUGAUGAUAGUACCGUGAGAUAUGAGAAGAAUCUUGACGUUGUGCUGGUAAAUGAAGAACCUGUUCUUAUUGUUGAUGACUUGGAGCAUGUUUGGUCACAUAAGCAUCGAGAUAAUUUGAUACAAAUUGAGAGAUAUGACUUUUUUGCUUCAAGCUCCAAGAAGUUUUUCAAGUCUCUAUCGGAGUUAAAGAUGGACGAGAGCGAAUCAGAUGGAGCACUUAGUACUGUUCUUAACGUUUUGAAGCGAACUCAUUGCCUAUUCUUUCAGGACACAAGUAGAAAAGUGAGAUCAGUACUGAAACAAGUGCUGAAACGAGUGCAGGAUGUUAACAACAUCAGUCUAAAGACUCCAACAGAAGCAGAGUGUUUGCUCCGAAUGCAGAAUGAAGCAAAUCCCGGUGAGCUCAAAUCGAUUCCAACGGCUACUUCACCUCGAGACAAAACCAUAACAGAGAAAGAGCAAGCUCCAGCUGAAGACAAAACAAGAGGAACGAGGGAGGAAGCUGCGUCUGUCUCACCCCAACACCGUACGCCUAAAGCAGUCACAAAGAAGUCAAAUCAUAAAGCAAUCAUCAAGCUGUCAAAUCAAUUUGUAGCCCUCGAUUCACUAUGUGUAAGCUGA